UUCGCAAUCAGUUGCAAAUUGAAACUCGAUUCGUUCAGAUGGCAGCGGCAACAGUCGCAAGUAAUCGCAGCCCGGAGCUGUACAUCAGUCGGGCCACCAUACAGUUGAGGCUGCCGCAAACGGUGGCACCUCCGCGCGUCUACGAAUGGCGCACACAAGUCACCACAAUGCCACAGGCCGAUCUGCAAGCCGAUCGCAAGGAGUUAAAGGAAACGGCCAUCGAAUGCAUUAAGCAAAAUAGUAGCACAACAACAACAGCACCAACAACCGCAUCGACAACAGCAAAAGCUACAGGAGCUACGCCCAUUUACACGCCCCCACGCAUUAAAGGCGAUGAGGCAAAACGAAAGAAUCUGCCUCAAACGCUCGGCAAUUUCUUUGAGGCGGAGCGUUUUUCCAGCGCCUGGAAUCGCGUGACAAAGUGAGAUGAAAAUGGCUGCGGAACUAAUGCAUACCAUAUACAUAUACCCCUUAUAUAAAUAUGUACACAUGUUCAUUCGCAAAUACCCUAAAAACAAACCCAUUAUGGGCCAACCAAUUUGUUUAUUGACUUGCAAGUGUCAGCAAAUUUCUAUUUUGUAAUUAUAGUUAACUUAAAUACAAUAGUAAUAAAUACAAAAUAAAAUUAUAAUUGGUAAAUAUA